CGCCCAGGCUUCUGGUUAUACAGUAACCUGUGGCAUUGGCUGUGGCUCCACCUCUCCCUCCCUCCUUCUCCUCCUCUUACUGAACACAGAAAGCCCUUCCACCUGCUCUCAGAGAAGCCUGAAAGUCUGAUCGGGAAGGAAAAGGGGACAGAGAACAAGAAGCAGGAGGCAACCAGCGUUGAGAUUGUGCUUCUCUCUCCAGCCUUAUAAUUCUAGGAGCAGGAAGAGGCUGGUGAACAUCAGUCGUCCUACUUUUGCUGAAUAGAGCAGAGGAGGAAGCCUAGGGAAGUUGAGAAUGGCAGAAAACCUGGAGUAAGCAGAGGGAGCUGAAAAGUGGAAAACAAACUUCAGAAGCUGGCAGAUUCCAGCUGACUCUUCUGAGCCAAAGGUGAAUGUCUAGAAAGCAGGAUGAGCCAUAAAGGGUCUACGAGCAGCCAUCCUGGUUCUGCAAAUGGCAGCAUGGGCAAAGCAGAUGGAUCUUCCAAAAUGAGUGCAAAAGAUUUAUAUGAACAAAGGAAGAAAUAUUCCAACUCCAACGUCAUUAUGCAUGAGACCUCGCAGUAUCAUGUGCAACAUUUAGCCACCUUCAUCAUGGAUAAAAGUGAAGCCAUUGUGACAGUGGAUGAUGCCAUCAGGAAGCUGAAACAGCUUAACUCCAAAGAGAAGAUCUGGGCACAAGAGAUGCUGUUGCAGGUGAACGACAAAUCUAUUCGACUGCUGGACUGUGAAACUCAGGAAGAGCUAGAAGACUUCCUUCUGCCAACAGUCCAGCAUUGCCAAACUGUGCUGAAUCAGAUGCGGUACUCAUCCAUACUCCUGCUGGUGUGUCAGGAUUCGGAGCAGCACAAGCCUGACAUUCAUUUCUUUAACUGCGAUGAGGUGGAGGCAGAGAUGGUUCACGAGGAUAUAGAAAGUGCACUUGCUGACCAUAAAUUUGGGAAGAAGGUACGACCGCAGACACUCAAGGUAAACCAAGAGAAGAUCAAACAGAGACAGUCCAUCCUCCCGCCACCUCAAGGACCAGCUCCAAUCCCUUUCCAAUAUGAAACAAGAACUUCUCCAAAGAGCAGCCUGAAUCGGGUGGCUCCUCCUUCACAGCAAAAUGAGCCAGAAUAUGACCGACGAAGCUCAAGCUCUCAGGAUCCAGAAGAGGCCCGUGCUCUUUUUGCACAGAAGAUUGAGAAAGAAACGCAAAUCUUAAAUUGCACCCUAGAUGAUAUUGAGCUGUUUGUUGCCAAGCUUCAGAAAGCAGCCGAGGCAUUUAAACAGCUGAACCAGAGGAAGAAAGGAAAGAAGAACAAGAAGAAAGGGCCAGCAGAGGGAGUUCUGACUUUAAGAGCAAAACCCCCAAGCGAAGCUGAAUUCAUUGACUGCUUCCAGAAAACCAAACUGGCACUAAAUCUGUUGGCAAAACUGAGAAAACAUAUCCAGAAUCCAAGUGCUUCGGAAUUGGUGCACUUCCUCUUUGGGCCGCUGGAAUUGAUUGUCAAUAGCUGUGGUGGUCCUGACCUUGCAAGGUCUGUUGUCAGCCCACUUCUCUCUAAAGAUACCGCAGAUUUCCUGAAAGGACAUCUAACCCCAAAGGAGAUGGCGCUAUGGGAGUCCUUUGGAGAGACCUGGACAAGGUCGCGAGCUGAGUGGCCAAGAGAUGCCAACAUCCCAAACUAUAUUCCAAAAUUCCGAAAUGGCUGGGAGCCGCCCCUGGAAAUCUUCCGCGGAGCCCCUUGGGAAAUAGAUAUUGGCCAUUUGCAGGAAGAGCUAUCAUCGUCUCCUAACGGCUAUUCCAGCCGUAGCAUAAAGACAGCCCAGACAUCUGAUCAAAUGCACGCUGUUGAUGCCUUCACACAGCUUGUUUCUCAACAUGUAAACAGAAAUUUGGAGGCACAGGGUAUGACCCCAACAAAGAGAUAUGCCAAAAUUCAGUAUGAUUUCACCGCUCGAAAUGCCACUGAACUUUCUGUGCUGAAGGAUGAAAUUCUGGAGGUAUUGGAAGAUAACAAACAGUGGUGGAAGUUGCGAAAUCGAAGUGGGCAGGCUGGCUACGUUCCAUAUAAUAUCUUGGAUUUGGUGAAGCUGGAGGAUUAUGGAAUGAUUGAACAGAAAUACAGAGGAGACUUGAGUCCAAGGGGAACGGGACCUUCCAGCCCUUCACAUAAAUUACCUGCAAGCUAUGCUGGGGAUAAAUGGGGAAGUGAAAUGCUCGCCCGUAAUUCUCCUGAUGCCAAAGAACAACUGAUACAUCACAUGGACGAAGUCAAUGAUGAGCUGUUGAAAAAGAUUUCCAAUAUCAAAGUCCAGGCCCCACCAAGAAAUUUUAAAGUUGAGAAGGCUCAGCAUGUUCAUGCGCCCUUGACUUUUGAGUCCAAUGCAGAGGAGGUCAAAGCUUGGCUGGAAGCAAAUUCUUUCAGCAAAGGGACUGUGGCUCAUCUUGGGAUACUGACAGGGGCACAGCUUUUUUCUCUGAAUAAAGAAGAAUUGAAAAAAGUAUGCGGAGAAGAGGGUGCCAGAGUGUAUAGUAAAAUAACAGUUCAGAAGUCUCUCCUAGAGAAAAGCAGAGGGGAGUCAGAACUUCAAGAAAUCAUGAAGCGACGCCAAGAGAGGAUUGAUUCAGCAAUUUAAAUUCUUCCUGGUUUCUUUUUCCCAAAGCUAUUAAUCACAUAUACUUACUUGCAGAAAAAAGGGAAAGUGAGCAAAAGUAAAAUAAAAUGCCUUGUUAAAAUGGAAAAGACUGCUGGGAUCAGCAGCUAAGCAAUGUAAAUGGCCAUCCAGACUGACUGUUCCUUCAGCACUGUUGAUAAAGGGGAGGCUAUGGUUUUCUCAUAAAUGUCACAUGACAUUGCAUUGGGAGAGAGGUUUAGUAUUGCAUGAAGUAUUAUUUUUAUAUCUCUGUAUUUUAUAGAUAAAUGUUAUGUGUGUGAAAUUCAUCGCACAAGGAAGACCAGCAUUCAUGUUCUAGGCAAAGGCUGAAGCAAAAUGCCCUGACAAAAAUCUAUGCAGUAGAUUGCUACUAUCAGUAAGCUUCUUAGAAACCUCUGUAAACAUUGCUAUAAAUCUACACAAACCUUCAGAGGCCCUGUGUUUUGAAGAUGGUGUGUUCCCAUGCCUCUCCUAUACAACAGGAGUAACCCAGUACAAAGGAGUGAGGAGGAUCUACUGGGGCCAAUGUUCUGACAUGUAAAAACCCAACAAACACAUGACAAGGUGGUGAUCAACUGACACACAAAUGAUUUCAGUUUGCUUUGGAUGUUUUCCCAGAACGAACUCAGCCAACAGCUCAACUUCUUUGUUUCCAACAUUCGUGCUUUAUUGCUUUUAGAUACCAUCAAAAGGACAUAUGGAAUGCCUCAUGUACCAAACAUGUCCAAGGACAAUUCCAGUAUAACCAUUAGUUGAUUCGCCCCCACAGUAUGGGGGAGGGGGGCUGAAUGUGAAAUUACUACAUUCCACACAUAAAUAUAUUUGGAAUUUAUGUACGCCAUAAAAAUGUUGUCCAAAUACGCCCUGUCACAUUCACAACUUCACAAUAUCUGCCAUCGUAUUUGAACCAGUCCUGAAUGUCUUCAGAGUAUUACUUACGCAAUCACAGUAAAUACUAUUUUGACCCUGAAGUGAUCAUAGGGAGGAUCUGUCAAUAUGUUAAUGUAGAUCAGUUUCAAAUUAUGCAAAAGGGAAUCUCAAGAUGGUGAAAGCAGAUCACAUCUGAUUAGGCCCAGCAAUUUGCAUAACCAUGUUACUAUACAACACAGAUAUAAUUAGAAUUGCCUCUUCCCAUGCCAUCCCUCCAUGCUACAGAAUCCUGGGAUUGAUAGUUUGGUGGUAAUUGCAAGUGCCUCACUGAAGUACCAAUCUCAGGAUAAAGUGGUUUAAUACUGCAACAACUGUGCAGUGUGUACAAUGCACCUGCAAUAUGCUGUUACUGUAGCACCAUUAACCACAAUUGUAUCAUUCUACGGGAUCCCGGAUUUGUGGUUUGGUGAGGCACAUGGAAUUUUUACCAGUAUUACAGGAAAUGGCUGACAUGUCUACUCAAAUGAAAAUCCCAUUGAAUUCAGUAGGAUUUUCUCCUUGAGCCUGACAUCUACUGAUAGUCCCAGCUAGAAUAGACCCAUUGAAUCAGUUGUUUUAUAAAUCCCCCUGAUUCAUUGGAUCUACAAAUUGAUAUUGUCAAUGGGAUUUUGUUUUUCCUCUAUUUACUGAUUACUAUUCUCCAGGCAUACUUUAGAAUGAAAGAUUGAUAUUUCGCUGAAAAGGUUAGAAUAACAUCUCUCUCCUUCUCUUCAUAAUAUGCUUAAAACUCCUAAAUUCUGCAAAGGGCCUAAAUACCCUCAUCUUGGAAGCUAAACUGAGUCAGUCCUGAUUAGUAUUUGGAUGAGAGACUACCAAUGAAUAGCAGGUGCUGUAGGCUGUAUUUUAGGGAAAGGGACUGGGUAUUCCUUGCCUUAGAAAAUCCUAUGAAAUACAUAAAGUUACUACACAUUGACAGGCAACUUGAAGGCACAUGCAUACAUAAUUCCUUUUAGAAAAAGGUGGGGCUCAGAUGAAGGGCAAAUAUAUUCAAAUUUCCUGACUGGUGAAUGCUUUGAUUUGUUUAUUUCACUUUGUCCACCAUUUAAUCAUAGGGGAUCGGCCCAGAUUAGCUGUGUUUGCCUUGGCAUUUGUCCUUGAUUUAGGAGCCGCAACACACCCAACUAAUGAGAGAUGAGUCAGAAAAUUAGAUUUAAUUCCUACUUGAAGUGCAUUCACCACCCUUAGUGUGUAGAGACAAGGAAGUGUGCUGAAUCCAAGGUUACACAUUAAAGGGAGGAUGGGCCUCCAUUUGUGGAAGGAAGGGGCCAAUCCCCCCUCUCCCUGUAUGCCCUCUAUGCUUCUAGAGCUAGCCUGGGUGUGAAGAAAACCCCUCUAGAGCCAGUUUCUGGUGCCCUGGGGAGUUGUAAAAAGGAAGAGAGGGAGAGAAUCUUGCAAUAUCGAUUAGAAGUCAGUUGAAUUUUGUCCCACAUGGCCUCUGGGGCAAAUUGGUUUGGGUCUAGGGAAUACAGGCUUUUUGCCCUGGGAUACAAGCAAGAUAGGUUCUGUAGGUUUGUUCUUAAGCUGCAUUUCUACGGGUACAUUUUUAAGUGUAACUCUAGCCAAUUUGUUUUAAUUUUUGGUGAACAUAGGGAAGGGUUAACACCCCAUGACAUUUAUUUUGCUGUCUAUGCCGCUGUUCAGAAUAUUUCACCCACUUUCUGUCUUUAUGACAAUUGGAUUUUGGAAAUUUUGAGUGUGUCGUAGACUCAAGGAUUGGUGGCAAAGCUUCAGUGGAGUCAUCAGUUUCCAACAAUCAUUCUUACAGGGGUGUACUUCUCUUCCUAGGAGUAGAUUUCCUCUCACUUCCUGUUGUCUCACCCUGUUUGUAACUACAUGUUGUAUGUAAGUCAGAUGUUUGUAACUCGGGGACUGCAUGUACUAUAAUAAGAGAAAGAAAAAAAACAAGAAUGUGUAUAUAGUAGACACUGUACUUCAGGGGUCCUCAAACUAAGCCCUCCAAGAUCAUUUACUCGGCCCUCUCUCAGGGUCAACCUAAGUGUGAAACAACUUGAAAGCAGACAACAAUGACAACAAUCAUAUCUCAUCAGCCAAAAGCAGGCCCACACUUCCCAUUGAAAUACUAAUAAGUUUAUAUUUUGUUAAAAAAAAUUCUUCAUUUAAUUAUUGUAUUGUUUUUAAGUGUUUUUUGCACUACAAAUAAGAUAUGUGCAGUGUGCAGAGGAAUUCAUUCAUGUUCUUUUCAAAUUACAAUCUGGCCCUUCAACAAUUUGAGGGACUGUGACCUGGCCCUCUGUUUAAAAGGUUUGAGGACCCCUGCUGUACUUGCUAAGAAUAAGAUCAUAGAGAGACAUCCCAAUUGUAUUUUUAUCAUUUAAAAAAAUCUUCCAGUUAUUUGAAUACUUGGACUGGUUAAAAAUUGAGUUCUUUAAGAUGUAGGUAUCAUUCGACAUCCUGCCUUUUGUACAAUUAGUUGUUUCUUUUGAUUGCUUUGGUAGAAGCCAAACCUCACAAAACUCUUACAUGUUUUGUCUUGUUUGGCUGAUGUUAUAUUGCUUCCUUCCAAUCUACUUCUACCACACUAGUUUAGCCAUGCAUUGCAAAAUAUGCAUUUGUCUUGAAACAAUGUUCUGUAACAAUAACCACAGAUGGUGAUGGUGAAUAAAAGUACACUUUAGCGGUACUAUUCUGGCACAUCUGAAAAUGGAAACCAAAUUUUGUAUAAACAAAAUUUGAUGUUAGAUAAGAUUUUAUUUGGAGUUCAAAAAUCUCAGAAUAUAAAUUUAAGCUACAAUCCUUGAAAGACAUUUAAUGGGCACAUUAUAUGUGGUCCCAAAGAAACUCUUCCUCUGCAUGCCUAGAAAAUCUUACAAGGCCUUACCUUUAUAAAAUAUACACAUGGCUGCCGAAUGUUUUUCCAUCUGCUAUUAAUAUUUGUACAUUAGCCACAGUGGUUUUAGAUAAUCUGUACAUAAUUAUUUAGGCAAUGUUCAUAAUAGAAACAAAAAAUGAAGAUAUGACAUUUAUGUUCACAUUCUAUAUUAUAUUUUAAAGCUAGCUGUGCAGAUGUAACUUAAAUCAUAUAUUAAAAAUCAGAGCUAGUAGAACAUAUAUAUUGUAUAUGAAGCUGACAAAUAUUGAGACGACAGAAUAUGCACUUAUUUUGUUUAACUAUAGUCCAGACGUACAGAGCACACAAAGCAAAGAGACUGCUUGUUAUGUGGAGUGGUGGCAAUAAUAGAAAUCCCAAUAAGGAGAACAAGAACACACAUCAUUGAACUGCUUGGGCAAAGGGUGAGAUGCAACUGUAACAACUGAAUAAAUGGCUCUGUCUUUAUCUUUCAA